AAGUGGGCCAAAAGACUUCCCGGCCUUCUCGGCCCAUGUGACACCCCUCGGAACGCGCUUUGGCGCUCGUCCUUCAUGGAUGGCUUUGGGCCGUUGGCGGCCGGGCAGCCGGACUGCACCGUCACGGCGGAGGCGUCACUUCCUGAAAAGGCGGCGCAAAGACUUGCGAUGUGGCAAGGACACGACGACGUCACAGGAGGUCGAUCCGGCGAUCACGGUUACGCCAGCGAUCCCAGCGGCGGUUCGUGUUGGGAACUACUAUGCUGAAGACCAAGAAGAGGUCCUGCGAUACAUUGCCGAGGUCCAUGCCGGUCUUCUCGCUGACCACGAAUGGCUCCGGAAGAACGCCCGCAAGCUUCGCCAGGAGAAUGGGCUGACAAGGCGUUAUUCCGUUCCGGAGAUCCUUGCCAAACAGCACGAGGCUGAUGGUUUUGAUGUGUUCGUGGAUCCAGAGGAAGCACUUCUCAUGGCGGAGCGAGCUGCCAAGGACUCCGAGUGGUCGCGGGUCACGCGACCCGAGUUGUCAACGGCCGAGGCGGAAGAGAUUCAAGAGGGCAUCGGGUUCGUGAUCGCCACAGCAGCGGGUGGAAGUCCAAUCGGAGUCGAGGAGGUGCUCGAGCUCUUGGAUCGCUCCGUGGCUGGCGGAGAGAUUGGCGCGGCAGUCUAUUUGGCGGAGCACUUGGAGGCUCGCCAUGAUGGCCAACCACCUCGCCCACUGGUUGAGAGGUUGUUCCAGGUCCUCAAAGCAUUGCUGCGGCCCAGUGCUGCAACUGUCAGACCAAAGCUGGAAGGGCCGUGGCAGAAAGCUCCUCCUGGGCGAUUUGGAGCGUUAAACCCUCGGAAAAGCCUGGGGCGUUUGCUGGAGCGAUUGGCACCUUUGCGAAGAGAGGAAAAGGACCUCGCCAAGGAGGGGACAGCCGAGGUGUUCCAGGCGAUGGAACGGCUUUCGCAGAGUCUUUUGCCUGCCCUACAGCGCAUGGCCGAUGGCUCACGUGGCCAACGCCGGGGGCAGAUGGCAUCUCUCGUGACCCGUGUUUCUCAAGAGAAUGGGCUCAGCAUCAGUUCUGCAUUGGCGCAGGCGCUCCUGCAGCAGAUGGAAACCCAAGGACUUCUUCAAAUGAAAGGUCGAGACGUGAUGUUGUCCAACACGGUCAAGGCAUUGGAAGCCGUGGGGGUCGUUAGGUCGUUGUGGGUCGUCCAGCGCGUAUUACAGACGUUCGCUUUCAGGCAGGAACCAACGAUUUUUUGUGAGUUUAACAUAGUUUAACCAUGUUCUAUCAUGUUUGAUCUACUUCAGCAAAUGAAUUGGAAAGGAUGGCUAAUUAAUGAAAGUGAUCACCACAGGCAGAAGAGCAAGAGCCUUUGCGGAGCUUCUACACAGACCUGCCGCUUUUGGAGGUCACUGAGUCAAGUGCUUGCAUUCGUCAAUGUUCAUCAUCACCCUACUGAUGCUUGAUCGAAAGAUUGACCGGCAGCUGUUCUUUGUCUUGGUGGCAGCAAGUCUUUGCGACUGUUUGCAUGAAGGCGCCGCGUUUCCUGCAUAUAUUAUCUUCAUGGUGAAAUCACGUUGGAGCUGAGCAACAUGUCGUACAUGUUUCCUGAGCCUGUGAUGGGCUACAUUGGUGACAUGCGGUCUCCCAAAAAUUGGUUCCGGUUCGCCGUUUCAUUAUUCGACAUUGAACACAAUGUGUCGUUCCCUCUCUUGCUGCGAUCCUGAGCAUUGUUCAUAUAUUGUUCUAUUAUUUGUUUUGCAUGCAUCAAAUAUAUUGGGGCGUUUGGUGGCCUUAUACAAUGACAUUUUUCGUUUUCCUGCAGGAACUUCUUGGAAGGAUGAUAUGGAACGACAUUGGCUCAAAUCAACUUGGACUCUUUCUCCAACCUUCUACCUGAGAGUGGUCCCCUCGGGAAGAGACUUGGCGCCCCGAGUCCCAACCUCCCCCAAGAAUCAACCAUGGGUCAAUGGGUUCGGUGGACAUCCUUUAUGGAACGACAUUGGUUCCUUUGAAAAGGGGUCAACCCGGGUGUCCUUCUUUUCACCCUUGAAACGUGAUGAAACAUCACAGGCUCAUGCCAAGAAACGGCUGGAGCGGCGGAGACAGCGACAGCAGGCCAGGGAAGCUGCCAAACGGCGCAAGAAGGAGAAAGGAUGAGAUGGCCGGUGCAUCCGGCGAACCAAGGAUCGCACGGCAAAGUCACCGUGACGAAGGGACG